AUGGCUCCUACCGAGAAGAUGGAAGUCAAAAGGGCUGCGACCAACAGCGCGGCUGUCCCGGCCGACACUCCCAUCCCGACCGGCCCCUCUAAGGAGCGCCAUUUCGCCAGACUCAACAUCUUCAAGCAUCUCCGCAAGAGCAAGAAUCAUAGCUGCACAGUCAACGUUGACCGCCGCGAGAAGAAGCAGAGUUUCCGUCACCUCCGCAGAAACGCCAUCUCUGGACCCAGCACUGGCCCUCGUCCCGUCAUUGGAACAGACUGGUACGACGUUCCGUCCUCGAUGCUCACCGCCCAGGACAAGCUCCUCAUCGCGACCAACCGUAUUCCGAUGAUCGUUCACGCUGUCUUUAAGACCGGCUUCUCUUUCUCGAAAUUCGGUUUCAUGGAAGAGGAGGCCACAAUUGACAUCUGCCGCUACCUCGAGCUCGAGGGCAAGCUUUCCAACUUCCAAGGUGAUGGUAACCGCAUCGCCGACUUCAUGCGCAUGAUUCUUGACGAAUGCGAGCGAUUCAAGUACGGUUACGCCGACAAUUCCCUCUUCAAGGAGAUGCCAAAGCAGAGAGGCGUCAUGCCAGGCUUCUGGACGAACGUUGCCGCCGAGGUCUCCAUCAAGCAGACCAUUGCCAAGAGCAAGCCCGCCGAGACUUGGGCCGAUGAUAUGGUCAAGUGGACCACGAUUGAAGAGAUACUCGGCGCCUUCAUCGAUGCGCGCAAGAGUUACCUUGAAGAGAUGGCCAAGGAUGGCGGAGAUGAUACCAAUGGUGUUGACAGCGGCGAGGGUAGCGGUGCCAGUGUUCAGGAGGCUAGUUACACCAAGAAGAUCCUUGGCUUGAUCAAGGCUAUCGACAACUGGAUUGCUUUCAGCGAGGCGUAUCGCGCAAAGUGCGAGGCUAAGGAGCUCGCACUAGCCAUCGAUCGCUUCCAGAUGUAA